AUGAACGACUCUCUUAUGGAUGAUGUGAAUUCUGCUCAAGAAGAUUGUGUUAUAUUUCAUAAGAGCUCCCCGGACCCAUCGAACAAUAUAUUAACAAUAGUAUUCUUUUCUUGUGUCUAUUCCAUCAUAUUCAUCCUCGGCCUAGCCGGAAACUUUUUCAUCAUCUUCGUCACGAUGAAAUACCGAAAUAUGCAGACCGUUCAAAACAUUUUCAUCCUCAACUUGGCGGCCAGUGAUAUUGUUAUCUGUUUGAUAUCAUUGCCAAUAACCCCCGUUACCAACAUUUAUAAAAACUGGUAUUUUGGCGCGUUGAUGUGCCGGAUGAUUCCAUGGGUACAAGGUGUUUCAAUAUUUAUUUGCACAUUUUCGCUGGGUGCCAUCGCCGUCGAUCGAUAUAUACUUGUGGUGCGUCCCCAUACACCGCCGAUAACCAAGAGGGGUGCCAUGUUUUUGACGGGAAUUUUAUGGAGCGUGUCAAUUAUUGUAACUUAUCCAUAUGCAUAUUAUAUGAAGGAGGAGAGUAUUCCUGCUGAUGACGAAAAUUUGAUCCCGAUGUGUGGCCAGUUCUGCACGGAAGAAUGGCCAAAUCCAUAUACACGACGAGCCUAUACAUUAGUUGUUAUGAUCGGUCAAUUUGUCGUGCCAUUCCUCCUGAUGGCUUUUUGCUAUACAACAAUCUUCUCAAAGCUAAGGAAUAGGACAAAGGUUCGUCUCCGCAAGAUGGACGCUCGCUCGGUGGCGCUGGAGAGCAGUUGUGUCAUCAAUCACGAAGAAAAGCAGACUGACCAGGCAAAGCACACUUUUUUGGAGGAAUCGCAACACGAAAAACGUGUCGACCGUCCAGUUCUUUCCAAAAACUUCCUCGACCAACAAGGCAAAGAUCGACAACGAAUCCUAAUGCAAUCAAAACGCACAACAAAUAUCCUUGUAGCAAUGGUAGUAAUCUUUGGCCUUACAUGGCUACCCCACAAUGUCGUCUCACUAUUAAUAGAAUAUGACGAAACACAAAAAUUCUUUCAUCUCUAUGGCAGGGACGACCUUGAUAUAUCCUAUUUACUCAAUUUAUUCACUCAUAGUUUUGCGAUGACAAACAACGUCGCGAAUCCUGUCCUCUAUGCUUGGCUGAAUCCAAAAUUCAGAGAUUAUGUAAUAAGGGCAAUCACUGGGCAAAGGCAGCAAAGCACCAGGGUAAUUUCGCAUCAAGGCUCCCGCACGGCCCCGCCAACAUCAACCACCGGCGUCGAGCGCCCCUCAAAAACACCAAAAAAGAAAAUUCUCCAGUUCUCCGGGUUCACGGCGACGAAUUCGAUGCUGAAGAAAUUGAUCGAGAACAAGAAAUCGUCGAUUCAAGAGAACGGGCAGACAGCAUUGGGGACGGCUAGUGCUUAUGAGGCUGUCGAAUUUGGGGAGAACGAUGUGUUCGUA